AUGCAUGAAUUAAUCCAAGUGGAAACUGCCCCAUUCGCUGCUCCAGAAUCCGAACAACAUAAAACGGUUGAAGAAUUACCAAUUGAUGCGGAUCAAUCGUUUUCAAAUGAAUCUCACCUACACGCUGACUUUUUGCAACAAAACGAACAAUUUUAUCACAACGAACAACGAAAUGAUCACCAGGCAAAAGAGAUAGCAUCAGAGUCCGUAUAUGCAGGCUUUGAAGGUAACUUGUUUUCGACCCAGCAAGAGGAUGAAUCAUCAGAAUACCCUGCUAAGCAAGAGCUUGAAGUUAAGGGAUUUGAAUCGCCUGUUGCAGAAUCUAUUUCUAUUGCUUCUCCCCCAGAACCAGAGCCGGUUUCUCUCUCAAUUGAGACCCCGCUUGAACCGACAUCUGUAGCUCACCUUGAAUCGGCGGCUGCUGAAGUGGAGGCUGAGCCUGUAACUGAGCCAGAACAUAUAUCACAACCAGAAUCCUUAAUUGCACUUGAGCCUGAGCCCAAGCCUGACAAUGCCUUGCAUGUGAGCAAUGGCAUUUCAAAUGUGUCCACAAUCGAUGAAGCAUUGCUGGUGACAACUAAAGACGUUGUCCCCACCACUCCAGAAGCUUUUUUGGAGACCGCUAUUGACGAAACCAAGAAAGAUGCUUCCGAAACUGUGGUUGCUGCCGCAACUAUUGGUGCUAUUGCGACUACGGCUGCCGUAGUAACUGUUGCUGCAACUGCUCCAAAGAAAAUUGAAGUUAAAAAAUCCCGUACUCCCACUUCGACAAAAUCAAAGACAGUUGAUAUUAAAAAGGGUGCAGAUCCAACAAAAAAGACUACUGGUGCUCCCACUAAAACGUCUGCUUCGACCGUAUCUUCAGAAAGGCCACGUACAGCCCCGUCUAAGACGGCAACUGCCCCUGAUAAGAAAGUGACAGCCACCACAGCUGCUGCUAAACCACCGACAAGCACUACUACUCGAAAACCCUUAUCCUCCAUUUCAGCAACAUCUAGAACCGUUACUAAGACAACCGCUUCAACACGUCCGACUACAGCACCGAUUGCAGCUAAGUCAUCUGUAUCGCGCACUAAUGCUACUACAAUUACACGCCGUUCGGCGCCCACUAGUACUUCUAAUGGCACAACCGCCGUCGCUAAACCAAAAGCUGCUGGCAGUGCCCCAACUAAGCCAACUACUUUGGGUCUUUCGGCUACAGCCAAGCCGAAGUUGAUUUCUCCCCGUACAACUUUAACAUCACAACUUCGAAAGGCGGCACCUGCAAGUACAGGCACAGGCUUAACCACGGCUAGGAGUCCACUAAAGACUACGGCACCAACUACCAAUGGCGUCACAAAGAGCGCAACAAACACAACCACUGCUAGUCGCGCCAAGAGCUCGACUUCUACCACAAUAACAACUACAACUACAAAGACUUUCACUGCGCGGCCUGCACCUAAGACUACGCAUUCAUCCACUAUUUCAUCGACUACAACACGUCGGACUGUGGGCGUCGUUUCGAGUAGUAGCACAACCGGGGCAAGAACUACAAGCAGUAUGUUGCAGAAAAAGACACCACCGGGCACCGGUAGGCCUAUAUCAGCCACCAAAUCCUCACUUUCGCCGACUAAGCCAUCAAGUGCAACUCUGAAAUCGAAAACCAAAGAUGUGGCUAAGAAACCAGUAACUCCAAUUAAAUCGGCAAAUGAGUUAAAAGCGAAAGCUGCCGAAGAGCAACCCAAGUUGAACGGUACGCCUAGUAAAUCAGGAGUAGAGGAACUGGGGAAACAAGUGGAGCACCAACCGCAUUUGAAUGGUGAAGGUGAUGGGCCACAGAAAGUGUUUGAAAAUGGUAUGCAUCAUGAGGUGUUGGGGAACGGCGAGGACUCUCUACUGGAUCAACAUGCACAGGCAUCUCUACUCGAUGCCUAGAAAGUUAAGGUCUAGAAGACUUUGUAAUUUUAAAGUGCAUUAAGCAAAAUGAAGAAAUGGUAGACAUCUAACAAAGCGUAAUCAUUUGAAUGAAAUGUUUUUGUGGGGAAAUUAGCCUUGAGACGAAUACAGACCGCUAGGAUUGGGGGUAAUAAUAGUAGUAGCAGCAAGGAGAAACUGGCAUUAUUGCUAUGCAGAUUGCUAAUCAAUCAUAAGGGAAACAAGUGAAGGGUGAAAAGUGUUUAGCUGAGUAGAUGAAGGAAUGGAAUCGAACGUCAAUAAGCGGUACACUAUGAAAAACCGGAAAUAACGUAAAUCUGUCAUUGAAAAAUGCAUGUAGAACGAAAUCACAAUGUUGAAAUCAGAAAUAACUAAAAUAACGACUAACAUACAGAAUUAGAAAGAGAAAACAAAAUUACAUUUUGUGAGGAAAAUAUUUUCAAUUUGAACUUGGGCAUGUUUGUCAUUGACUUUCAUUCUGCCUAAAUUUAAAAAUUUUGCACGUUUUAUUUCUUAAUGUUUACAUACAUAUACAUUAUUUGUCACUUUGUACGACAAGUUGCACGUUUGUUAGUGGUAUUUUUAUUUUGUUGUUUCUUCAGAAUGAAUAUUUUUCAAAAAUACAUACUUACCUACAUACAUACAUUAAUGUUUUUUUGCUUUGCUGUUAUAAAAUUUUGUUAGUUUGAUGACUAAUAUUUUAAUUACCUUUGUAUGGCUUUAGUUCUUGAGCAUGAUAUUAAAAGCGGUUUUUGUUUUUUAUGGCGCAAUUUUCUAUGUACAUCGUCUAUAAUUUAUAUUGCACAUUUAUAGACCAAAUGACAAAAUCAAUGUUUGUAUACAUUUUUUAUACUUAUGUAUGUAUACUCAAAAUCUAUUUUGGAUUGAGGUUUUAGUGCUAAUCGUUUAUUAUGUUUUCCUUAGUAUUGUAAUCAAUUUUUAAUUCUUUCUUGUCAAUUUGUUGGUUGAUUUUGUGCUGGUGAAUGUAUGGAAAAACACGAAAAACGAAAUAAAAAUUAUAAACUAUGAAAAAGUAAACUAAACAAAAAAAAAAUCCUACUACUUACGUGGAAGCCAGUAAUUUUGGCCAAAUAACGGUAUAGUUUACACUAUCGAACUUAUACUACACAAAGUCUUAACUUGUGAAAAAACGAAAAUAAAAAGGCAUUCAAAAAUAUAAAUAAACGAAAAUAAAAAAUCAAGUGCGAAACGCGUUGCACGAAAAAAUUAUAUGAAGUAAAAAUAUCUUUUAUAUACACAUAUAAACAUGAAGACCUAUUAAAUAAUAGAUGGCAUGCAAAAAGAUAUUAAAUCACUGAAUAUAUGUAAAUCAUAUUAACGAUCGAAUUGUGCAUUUUUUUGAUAUAUUUUUGUACUUCAUUAUUCUGUUCCUGCUUACAACUAGUGAGAAAAUGUAUAACGCAAGAAAACGACACAGUAUACUUAAAGAUUUUAAAUUUAUUUAAUUUUUAUUUGUAAAUCAAAGUAUGGACUACUCCUGCUCCUACCCAGUGUGUUAUUAUUAUUACUUUCUUUGAAAUUCAUAAUUUAACCUUGGCUGAUGUUACCCUUUGUAUUAUUUUUUUAAUUUAUUAAUAUUAAAAACGAAAUUCUCAACUUAAAAGUCUGUCAAACAUAUAUACAUAUAAUAUUAUAUUAUUCUGAAAACUACGAUAAUUUUACGAUAAACUUGUAUGCAAAGAAAAAUGAUUAAAAAGCUACAAAAAAAGAAUAAAACUUA